UACAAAUGUUUUGUUUCGACAGUAGGACUAUAUUGUGUUUUUUUAUCCCAGCAGCUAUUGCACAAAUUAACACAUCAUAGGAGCGUCACAUAGAUGCCUAUUUAUUUAUUUUUAUUUAUUUAAUUUUGAAUGUCCAUGUUUGUACUAGUGUUUUCCUUCUUAAAAUGUUUUUUUAAAUAUAUUGAGAUUUGGUUGAGCAGGGUAUACUUGUACUUUUACUAGUCCUUUUAUUAGAGAUGUGUCUGUUGUUUGUUUUUAGUGUCAGGAUGGAACCCUUGUCUUUUUCUCUGCAAACAGAAUCUACCUAUACGGGUACAAAUAAAUAACCUGAACCUGAACCUGAACCUUUCUGCACAUAUUUCUGUAGUGCAGAAUUCUGUACAUAUACAGAACAAAGCCCAUCAAAUAUGUUUUUGGUUGAGCACAUCAGUUGGGUGGACAGAACAUGGUAGUAUGAAAGAAGUGUUCAAUUUGGUGCAAGAGUUUGGUUUUGAUAAAUGUUUAUGUAGUUUUGGCUGCAGUUUUUCAUCAUGCAGGAUAUAUGAGGUGAUUUGCACUUUGAGUGUGUGGUUUUGUGAAUUGUGUUAUGACCUAAGUGUUUUUGGGAAAAUAAGCCAUGUAUUCAAAAACAUGCGUAAGCAAUUGAAAAAAACUGUAAAAGCCUACAUAAAGUGUAGGUGUGCUACUGCUGCUGCAGGGAGGGGGGUAGGGGAUGUGGUAACGAGAGGGAAGUUAAAGUAAACAGUCAGUGUGAUAAUAUUUUCAGUGUCAGUGUGAGUCCCACAAAUAUCAGAGAUGGACAAGUUUAAGACUGCUGUGGCCAUUGCCCACAAACAGACAAGCAUGGGGUUAGGGCUGGUGGCCCUGACAGCUGGGGGGGAGCAGAUCUUCUCCGCAGUGGCCUUUAGCUGUCCCUGCAACCAACUCAACUUCUUCUACGGCUUAGUGUUCCUGCUUGUGCCCGCUCUGGCUCUGCUGCUGCUGGGGUUCAUCCUCAGUGAGAAGACGUGGAAGGUACUGACGGGCAUGUGUCAGGAGCCGCGCCGCUUGAGGAGGCUGUUCACCGCCGGCUCGGUCCUGUGCCGGGUCAGCUGCAUCGCACUUGUGGCCCCCUGCAGCUGGAUAGCCAUGGCUCUGCUCAACGGGAAGUACUAUGAAUGUGCGAUGACCGGGACCAAUGUGACCGCUUACAUCAAGCACCUGUGUGGAGACAAGAAUUUGGACCAGUGUCAGCAGGAGCUGAGCAGCUUGCCCUGCCUGGGGCCGAAGGAGGACCGGCAGCGGGUCCUGAUGACUCUCAGAGCCGAUUCCCAGAUUCUGGGAUGGCUGCUCAUCGCCUCCAUCAUGUUGUCCAACCUGCUAAUGAUCUGCAUGGCUCGGUGCACAUCCCCCAUCAGCUACCUGCAGCUCAAGUUCUGGAGAACGUAUGUUCAAGAGGAGAGCAACCUGAUGGAUUCAUACAGCUCUAAACACGCCAAAGAGCUCGCUGAGAGGAACCUGAAGAGCUUCUUCAACCAAGAACCGCCUGAAGACAUCAGCACACCUUCCAACAGGGCCUGGAAGAAGAUCUCCUCGCUCUACAAGUUCAGCACCAAAGACCAUUACUACAGCACCAUUCACCGCUAUGUGGAGGAAAGUUGUGACAAUGACAUGAUGAAGAUCGCUUCGGUCAAGUCCAGCGGGACUGCUGACAACAUCCCAGCUGCUCUUGGUUUUGUAGACGAUGUCAGGAUGGCGUUGUGACAAACAUUUUCAGCACCAAAGCCCAUCUGCAGGGAUACACCAGCUGAGGGAUCCUGCUGAACAUGAUGUCAGUGAACUGCUUAUAGUUUAUAGUGUAAAACAAUAUGCUCUAAGAGGAGAAUGCAUUAGCUUAAAUAGUAGAGAUUUGGAGAAAAAAUGCCAUAUAUUUCUAUAUACCAUUUUUAACGUGGACAAUAUGUGAGAUAUGAACCCUAUCACCAAGAUAGUCAUCAUCAACAUCUCCAUCAUUACAUUACAUUGCAUUUAGCUGAUCCAAAGCGACUUACAUUCGACCAGGAAGACACAAACUUGAAGA